GGGCAGUGGAGGCAGACAGACAAGGAAGUCAUUCACUUGCUGGAGGUGUCACCAUGAGCUGCCUGCUGGAGCCUUCUCCGACAGACCAUUCUGAUACAAUAGAGGAAUGCUACAUAAUGUUCCAUCUGUGAUGUUUCGCACAUGCCCACAAACACUGCUGGUGUAUAACCAUGCUGAAAGAUAUCCGAAUCACAGAGCAACCAGUGUGUGCCUGUGUUCCCCUGGACUUCCCCCUCACCCUGCACUGCAAGGCCCAGGGCCCUACCAAGUUGUGUUAUCAAUGGUUUAUGCAGCGGGAGUCCACUUGUCGGGAAAUUCCAGGAGCCACCCAGCCAGACCUGCACAUCCAUGCCAGGCAAACCAACUUGUACAUCUGUAGAGUAAAUGACAAAAAUCACCGCAUUUUAUUCAGCAAUUGGGUGAAGGUGAAAGUACUGAAAGACAUUCCUUUUGGGGCAAUUCCUCCUGACUGGAAUGGUAAACCCAUUAUUGUUACUGAACCAGUCUCUGCACAUUUGACAUUCCGUGAUGCAGCGCGCCUUUGCUGCUAUGCUAUGGGACUUCCUGCCCCUGAAUACCAGUGGUAUCACAAUGGGCUGUGCUUGCCCCAUAGAAGAGAGAAGGAAAUCAAGAUCAAAUCAGUGAGACAAAAGGAUAGUGGAAGCUAUCUAUGCCAUGUGUCAAAUGUCCAUGGAGAAAUGUGGAGUGAACCAGCUGAACUCACAAUAGAAGAUGACAUCAUUUUGCAAGCAUCUCCACAGCCUUCAGUAUGUCCAGGACUAACUCCUAGACAUAGGUACUUUGCGACUGGAAAGGUGGCACUAUUAAUCGGGAACAAUGGUUACCUAAAUCACGCCAAUCUGCUCGCCCCUAUGGUGGAUGUGUUUGAGCUGUCUGUCCUUCUCAGAAGACUAGGCUUCUGUGUAAUAUCGCUCGUAGACCUGACACAAGAAGAAAUGGUGCUAUCCAUCAGACAGUUUCUGCAGCUUCUGGAGAAAGGUGUUUAUGGACUCUUUUAUUACGCUGGCCAUGGAUAUGAGUGCUCAGGGAGAAACUAUAUGGUACCCAUUGAUGCUCCUCAGCCCUACAGACCUGAAAACUGCAUCAGUGUACAGAGAAUAUUACAGCAGAUGCAAGAUCGAAAGACAGCCUUGAACGUGGUUCUCCUGGACACCUGUAGGAAGUGGUAUGGUGUCCAAUGUAAUCUGCUAACCAGAGAUGACCUUUUCUAUAUGCCGUACAACUCAGAUUGUGCUUUAUCCAAAGUGAUUCCACUCAAACCAUGGGGCAACACAGUCUAUGGUUAUGCCACAAGUGAAAAUGCAGAGGCAUAUGAAGUUCAGGAUGAGGCAUUCAGCUCUGGGAUCUUUAUGACGUAUCUCAAGAAGCACAUUCUGAAAGAACAGAAGGUUACACAAAUGCUAGAUGAGGUCCUUGAAGAUAUUGGCAGAGAUCCUUUGGUAACUGGCAAACAAGUUAUGGAAAUCAGACACUCUCUGAAAGAGUCUCGGGCUCUGACGGACAAGAUCUGCUUCUCAGGAAGUGUGCAUCUGAACAGGACUGUGUGGGACCAGCGCACUAAAAUCCCAAAACAAGUGGUAAAGUUCUCAUGUGGAGUUGAAGUAGAACUGAGGUUCAAAGUUGUGUUCUCAAAUCUCAUCCACACUUUUGCAAAACUGACUCGGAUCCCUCCUCAUUUAUCCGAUGUCAGAAUUAUUCUCUACAAACCUACAGAUUCUGCGGAAUUCUCAAACAAUAGACUCGACCCAGCAGAUUCGCUGCUGACCAUGGAGGAUGAUGGAGAGGAAGUGGAUUAUAUGCUCAGGCUUUGUAGCCUUCAGAAAUACAAGAAUAACAUAAUUAUUAACAUUGACCUGCAUUGCACAAUCCUGGACACUGGAGAAAGAGUUCAGGAGACUUUAGAGGAAAUAAUUCCCAUACCGUGGAUAGCUAGAUUGCUCAACAACAGAAACACGUAUGUGGAAAGAAAUCAGACUAAUCGAGCUGCUGUCAAAGCCAGUAUUCCAAGCUUGCAAAGUCAGCUGGACAGCAUGUCCAUAGACAAAGACCCUCCACCAGCACAUCAACUUCCAAAUGCUGUUGAAACUCCUUGUAGCAGCCAAUCUAAAUCAAGCAGUGAACCAGAGGAAAAUGAUGAAGGUGACAUAUUGCCCGUCUUGUGAACAUCUUUUGGGUAUGGCCACAUGUAGCGAGUCUGCUGCAGAUAUUCCCCUGUGGAUUUCUUUUGGGUAUGGCCACAUGUAGCGAGUCUGCUGCAGAUAUUCCCCAGUGGAUUUAUUUUGGGUAUGGCCACAUGUAGCGAGUCUGCUGCAGAUAUUCCCCUGUGGAUUUCUUUUGGGUAUGGCCACAUGUAGCGAGUCUGCUGCAGAUAUUCCCCUGUGGAUUUCUUUUGGGUAUGGCCACAUGUAGCGAGUCUGCUGCAGAUAUUCCCCUGUGGAUUUCUUUUGGGUAUGGCCACAUGUAGCGGGUCUGCUGCAGAUAUUCCCCUGUGAACAUCUUUUGGGUAUGGCCACAUGUAGAGAGUCUGCUGCAGAUAUUCCCCUGUGAACAUCUUUUGGGUAUGGCCAAAUGUAGCGAGUCUGCUGCAGAUAUUCCCCUGUGGAUUUCUUUUGGGUAUGGCCACAUGUAGCAGGUCUGCUGCAGAUAUUCCCCUGUGAACAUCUUUUGGGUAUGGCCACAUGUAGAGAGUCUGCUGCAGAUAUUCCCCUGUGAACAUCUUUUGGGUAUGGCCAAAUGUAGCGAGUCUGCUGCAGAUAUUCCCCUGUGGAUUUCUUUUGGGUAUGGCCACAUGUAGCGAGUUUGCUACAGAUAUUCCCCUGUGAACAUCUUUUGGGUAUGGCCACAUGUAGCGAGUCUGCUGCAGAUAUUCCCCUGUAAACAUCUUUUGGGUAUGGCCACAUGUAGCGAGUCUGCUGCAGAUAUUCCCCUGUGGAUUUCUUUUGGGUAUGGCCACAUGUAGCGAGUCUGCUGCAGAUAUUCCCCUGUGGAUUUCCAUGUGGAGACUCUGCAGGUUUGCCAGAGAUUUCAUCCUCUGUAUCGCAAAAGGUGAAAUCCUCAGCAGAUAUGUGUAGACAUAAAGUGAUGUGCUUUAGAUAUAGGGUGCCUUCACAUGCGACAGAUUUUUUUGCAGAAAAUUUCAGCGACUGAAAAUCGCUUCCAUUCAUCUGAAAGGGGCUUGCAGAAAUCCAUGUUCUGGAUUCCAACCUGGUUUUCGGUCAAAGAAAUUUUCUGCAACAAAAUCUGCAGCAUGUAAAAUGUACCCUUAAAUGUACUUUUGCAGUGCGUGGAUGAAAUUUUUGAACAUCAUCCAUUUUGCUGCUACUGUAAAUGUUGUGGAUUCUCUGCAUGCAGUUCUCAAAGAAGAACAGUAUUAGUCAGUGCAUCAGGCAUGGUAAAAUGAAUAAUCAGGUGCUCAUAUUCUUAAAGCAAAGUAGGCAUAGCAGCAUUCUGUCUAUAAUCUAUACAUAAACUAAUAUACAAUUAAACAUGAUGUGCUUAGCAAAUAUA